GAGACGAAGUGAAAGAGACUUGAUGUUGGAGAAGAGAGAGACGCGGGACUAAAUUUGCCGGAAACGUAGAGAAAACUGCAGGAUGGAGUGCGCUUUGUCUUUUUGAGGAGGCUUCUGGCUGGGCUGCCUGCAUGCAGCAACAAAGUAUAUUUCAUUGGAUGAAACACUGAUUUUCUGAGACCUGUGGACCGUUGUUUGCACGCUUCCAAAGUAAACAAACACCAUCAGGCAGACCAAGGAGCAUCAUCUAUCAUCUGCAAACAUACCAAGAAAUGGUUGUCCUUCUCUACUAACAGGAUGAGUGAGGAGAGCAUUUAGCAGAGAAACAGCCAAGAGGCCCAUAAUGAAUGACUUCUAACCAGUGGCUGAUCGGCUGAAGUGAAGGAUUUUCAAAGACUAUCUAUUCUACCAGGCUCCAUACCAUCGCUGCUCAAAGUAGACCGUAUACAGCAGUGAAUAUCCUCUGGAUUGCAGAAGAUCUGUGCGAACAACUGAGAAAGCGUUUACAGAUUUAACAGAGGACAGUUGGACUGAUACUGAGGGACAGCAGAGGAAGCUCUGUCCAUCGUACCCUCUGGACAUUUUAAUUAUAACUGCCAAACUGUGACGUUUAUGUUGUAAUAAUUGUGAUUGUGAAACCUAAAGAAGAGAUCAGAUUUUCUCAUUUGAGGACUUUUUGAUGUUUCUUCCCAUCUCUGUCCCCGCUGCUCAACAAAUAAAAUCACUACCAGCCUUUUCAAAGCGAGUGUAGCCCAGCACAAUACUUUCUUGCAUGACCUAGUGCUUGCAUGAGGAUCCAGGAUUGCUUUUGACUUCCAAGAAGGAUCCUUAAGCUCUCAGCUGUCUUCUGACUGCCUGCCCGUCCAACUGUAGCAUUUGGGUGUGGAGGGGUGGUUUCAGAAUUAAACCUCUGGACACUCAAUGAAGAUGACUUAGGUUGGCAGGCCUGAAAGCUCCAUACCCAGGAAGAGAGAACAAGCUUGGCAGGAGGACUAACACCCACCCAACACACACAAAUGUGGACGCCGUGGCGGCUUUGAGCCAUGCUGGUGUUGCUGCUUGUGGAGCCCUGGAGUACAGGCUAUCAUCAUCCCUAUUUUAAUUCACCCAAGCUGAGGAAGAUUCAGCAGCCUGAAGGAAAGAGGCUAUACUUCUGAGCGAUUCAAAGAAGACUGUGAAACUGUGCUAACACAGAGAGAUCCAAAGCAACAUCCUCAAUCACACGCACAGACACUCUAAUACUCCUCUCCUCAAAUCCCCGACACAGGAAAAACAAAGCUGCGGCGGACGUGAAAGGCACAGAAACUGAGCAGGAGCUGUGCACCAACAUGGCAGCUGAAAGUCUUGCCGAGCUUCGCGAUUGGCUAUUUCUCCUCCUCCUGGUCCUCACCUUAUUGGCUGAGGUGCUGGAGCUGGCAGCAGCUGCAAUCGCCAUGGAGACAGGCGAGGGAGAUGAGGGCAUUGUUUGUCCCUCCGUGUGCCGCUGUGAUGAGGGCUUUGUCUACUGCAACGACCGUGGCCUGAGCAUAAUCCCUCCACUGCCAUUAACUGCUGCUAUCCUCUACUUACAGAGCAACCGGCUGAGCAACGCCGGGCUGCCACAGUCAUUGGAACGCAGCACUUCUAUACGAGUGAUCUACCUAUACGCCAACCAGCUGGAUGAGUUUCCGAUACACCUUCCACCCUCCUUAAGGGAGCUCCAUUUGCAGGAUAAUAAUAUACGAACGUUACCGCGAUCAGCUUUGGCCAAGUUACCAUUACUAGAACGUUUACACCUGGAUGAUAACUCAAUAUCCACAGUUAGCAUCCAGGAUCGAGCUUUUUCUGGGACUCCGAGGCUUCGACUACUGUUUCUGUCUCGGAAUCACCUAUCAAGCAUCCCCGCAGGCCUUCCGGCAUCACUGGAAGAGUUGCGACUGGAUGACAACAGGAUUAGUACAAUCCCAACGCAUGCUUUCCGCGGUCUCUCCUCCUUGCGACGUCUGGUCCUGGAUGGAAACCUGCUAGCCAACACACGCAUCGCAGACGAUACCUUUUCUCGUCUAUCCAACCUGACGGAGCUGUCUCUAGUCAGAAACGCUCUGCAGUCUCCACCGGUCAACCUCCCUUCAGCUCACCUGAUACGACUACACUUGCAAGACAACGGGAUGACCCACAUACCAAGGGCAACGCUGGACGGGAUGAAGCGUCUACAGAGGCUGGACUUGUCAGGAAACAAUCUGACAAGUCUGCCUCGAGGAAUUCUGAGAGACACAGAAAGUAUGGAGCUGCUGCUGCUGCGAGGGAACCCCUGGUACUGUGGUUGCAACCUUCACUGGCUUCAUUCCUGGCUGCAUGGACGUGGGUCAGCAGUGACAGUCAGAGGCCUCAUCUGUCAGGGGCCUGAUUCUGUACGGGGCCAGUCACUCAGAGAUCUAACAUCAUUGAUGGAGCAGUGUGAAGGCUCUCCUGCAGGUUCUAGUCCUGGAGAAGUGGUAAACCCAGUAGAGAAAGAUAGAGGAGGUGAAGAUGAUGUUGGAGAGAGUCAAGUAGUGUCUCAUGGGAGCACCACUACUCCCCCUCUGUUGGUCCCUACACAAGGUUCUCUCUUCAUUCUGCGGCCUAAACGGCCUGGCCUCAUUAUGCCCCUGCCUCCAGGGGAAGGUGGACAAGUAUCUGGAGAGGCCUUAGAGCUGACUGUUAAACCUCUCUCUUCGGACAGUGUCCUUGUGAGUUGGCUGUACCCACAGCCAGCGCCCUCCUUCCGUCUGUCAUGGCUAAGAAUGGGAAGCAGUGCAGCACUUGGCUCAAUGACAGAGACUUUGGUUCCUGGAGAGAGGAGGCAGUAUCUCCUUACCCAGCUCACUCCACGUUCCCGUUACCUCAUAUGCCUUCUGCCACUACGACAGGAGGCCUCUUUUGGGGGAUCCAGUAUGGGUUCAUCUCGAGCUAGCAGCAUUGACACAGACAGUAAAGACUCAGCUCCAGCCUGUGCUCAAAUAGAGACUGGAGAUGUCAGCUCUGGAGGGCAGGGUGAAGAUAACGAGGGACAGGACUCUGAGCUAACAGCUCUGCCAUUAGCUGGAAUAAUAGGAGGAGCCACUGCAUUGGUGAGCUUGCUCUUAAUCUUUGCUAUCUUCUGCUGGUAUGGACAGAGAUCAGGUUACAUGUCUGGGGACUCAGGCUCAUACAACAGAGGCCGGGGUGGGAAGCAUUAUGAUGACUAUGUAGAGUCAGGCACCAAGAAAGACACUUCCAUCCUAGAGAUCAGGGCCCCUCCUGCAGGGUUUCAGAUGACAGCUAUGGCCCAUCAGUCCCUGCAGCCUAAGCUGGAGGAUGUUACCUAUAUCCACACCAUUUUCCCUUCUUCCUCCUCCUCUUCCUCCCAAGCUAACGGGACCUACCGGAGCAGCCAUGGAGCUGGCAGUCUCAACGGUACCAUCCUCAGCCAAGCCAGCCACCAUCAUGUUACUUAUGGUACUAACCGUGGCUACAGAGAGGGUGGCAUCCCUGACAUAGAUUAUGCCUACACGUGAUGAUGCAAGGCACACUCCCUGAGCUACCAGAGUCCUUGUUGGCUGGUGGCAUUUUGCCCUUGGUUUCCAAAGUACCCUCUGUGCCUCUGAUGGUUCGAUUCUGAUUGGUUUGCUUAGUAGAUGAUGAUGAUAGGACAAUGUUAAUGAGCGGCAGAAGUAAGAGUCCCACUAUACUCUUUUGCGGUACCCUACAGAAUACAUUAGGCUCUUCUCUCAGCAUUGCUUAUUGUUCUAAAUGGUUAUGUUUCCUCCUUUGGAAAUCUCAGUGUCUUUCAAACCUACUGCUCUUCUCAGCUCAUAAUAAUACAAGGUAACUUAUUUGAGGUUGAUAUACUAGGCUUAGCUGAUUUAGCAGGAGAUAUAUUUAUAUUAUGAGGAAAGGGCACUUGAUGUGUAUAGAGAUAGGGCUCAUAUCUUCCUUCCAACUGUAAGCUCUGUGCUGUAUAGAUAAAACAGAUGACAGAAAGGAGAAAUCAAUGGUUGUUAUAACCCACAGAUGACAAUGCAUCAUGGCUGACAUGAAAAGAUGUGUUCCUAGCUCCCUUCUUUCCUCCGGUUUACUCCCCCCUUCUUAAUUUUUCCAUCUUUCCACCUCUUGUUUAGUUUUUUCCUUUCUUUUAGAAGCUGAAGCUCUUUUUCUUUUAUUCCUCUCGUGUCUUUUGUGGUGCUGUGAGCAGAGGACGACUUUGUUCUCGCCAAGGGAGCUGACAGCAGUGAUAACAGCUCUGACAGAGACGGGAGACACAAACCACAGCAUGGGUAGACUAAUGAGAGGGAAAGAGAGAGGGAAAGUGUGUGUGUGGGGGGGUGAUGGAUUGAUGGGUGGAUGGAGGAAAGAAGAUAAAAGACAACGAGGGGGAAAACAGAAAGGGUUGCUGUUUGGGUGGGUGCAGUCUCUCAGAGAGGUGGCUUGCUUUUGGCAAAGAGCGAGGAACAAGAAGAAAGAAACAGGAGUUAAGUUAAAAAGGGCGUGUGACCAAUGAAGCGGCAGGAGGCAAAAAAGAGGACAAAAGGAAAAGAAGAUCGAGGGGAAGAGGGCUGACAACUGGAAUAAUGUGAAUUCUUCAUCUUAAAAAAUGGAUGAAAUUUCGCCCACAGCGUGGCCACUGCUUCCAACAAAUAUGAGUGAUAAAAGACUGCAUGAUUUUGUCAAAAGCUUGAUUGAACUGUGUUUGAUUUAUAGAGUUAAGAACAUUUCAAUAAAUAAAACGAAGCAAGGAAGAGGCAAGACAAACAAAAGGCAAAAUAUUCUCCAAGCAAACAAUACGAAUAAAAAAACUCUGAAUUAAGGAGAACAGCAUUAACCCAGUUUUUAAUUCGGCUUGGUCUUAUUAAAUUAUCCUUUCAACAGUAAUGAAAGAAACCGAUCGUGCAACUUAUAAUAGUAACUCAUUAAUCUUCAAGAGGAAGGACAAACCUUUUUAUUUGGAAAUAACUUGGCAAAGCAGAUACUUUUUGUGGAGGAUAAUAUGAAGACUGAGCUCUUAUUACACAUAUUAUACAACUUGAGGUUGAUUAAAGAAGGUUUUUUUAUAUAAUUUUAUUGUUUGGGGGAACAUACUAAUAGAAAAAUAUCUAUCAUGUUAAAUGUGAUUUUGCAUUCUGAUAUUUAUGUGUUCUUCUAAAGUCUGGUCCCACAUAAAACUACAGUAAUUUUGGUUCAUCUAGUACCAUGGUUCAACAUUUUAUAUAAAAAAGCAGCACCUCUCUAAACGAAGUUGACAUCAGAAACAGAUUUGGACUUUUUUAGUUUGUUGGGUUUGUCAUAAAAAAAGAAGAAAUGAAAACACACCUAUUAGCACUGCAUGUUUGAAUUAGAAAUGUUCAAAAUUCAUGUUGGAAAAAUAAACACAAAGGCCUCCUAAAAUUAGAAUUCAAAGAAGGAAAAACUGGAGUUUCUCAUUCACAUCCUGAUCUCAAAUAUGGCUGCCAUGUAGGAGUUAGAGGUUUAUUUGCACCUUCAGGCCAUUUGUAUCUCAUUAAAUCUUUCACGCACAUACACUAUUGAACAUUGUCUGUUAGUGUUUGAGUGGAUGAAAGUACACACUGCUAAUAGUAAUAAGCUUUGUCACUGUGAACAAAAACUGAUAAAACCUAUAGGUGUUUCGACUUGUUGGUGGAACAUGGAUUCGUUUGGGUUUAAAGUAAUCUCCAGAUCUAAGCUUGGACUUCAGAAGUAGUCACCAUCACUUGUUCUUGGCUCCUCAAACAUUUCUAAGUGCACCUUUUAGGUAGUAUCUGUUUAAAGCUAAGAUCACUGAUCUUGAACAACAAUUUUUACAGGCUGUUUGAACUUUGAAGCUCUUUUCUUCAUCAUUUUUAAAUAGUUGAUGUCACAGGCACAAAACAUAAAGCUUUAUAGAGCUUUAAUCACUGGAGUCAAUUUUAUAAUUAAAAAUACCAAAUUGAUGUUCUGUUCAACUUCCUAGUCGUGAGCUUUGGCCUCUUUAGUCUUUUCACAGACAAAAAUAUAUUUUUAAAAAGCUACCUGUGACUUUAGGUUUCUGUAAUGCUCAGAUAUAAGGUUUACAUAAACUGUAUAAAUCAAGACACAUUAUUCUCUCACAGUGAAUCAGAAUAAACGUUCUCUUUUUUAGGUCAGUAAUUGAUGCCGAAGUUAUUUAUGUAUAUUUGAUUUCAGAAUUAUUUGUCUUUUUACAGAACUUUUUUAAUACUUUUUUUCUAAGUCUGAAGUUUACAUACAUCCUUAGUACUUGUUAGAAUUGCCUUUAAACAGCAUAACACAUAAAAUAUUUUGAUUAUCCAGUUUCCUGGAAUUUAGGGCCGUUCCUCCUGACAGAACUGGUGAGGUUCUGAGUCAGAGACAGGACUGAUUUCCGCAUUACUGUUACACACCUUUUCAGUGCUGCCCGCUAAUUUUCUAUGGGGCUGAGAUCAGGGAUUUGUGGUGGCCACUUCUAAACAUUGACUUUGUUGUCCUUAAGCCACUUAGAGUCACUAUUCAUUUAGAACAAACAUUUGUGCCCAAGCUUUCUGGAUGACGUCUUGAGAUGUUUCUCCAAUAUUUCCACAUAAUAUUUCCCUCAUUAUGCCAUCUGUUCUGUGAAGUGCACCAGUCCCUCCUGCAGUAAAACACCCAGGCAACAUGAUGCUGCCAUUCCCAUUGCUUUCAGUUGGGAUACUCUUCUGAAGCUUUCAAACAUCACAUUUUUUAAUCUAAAUGUAACAAUGAUUACUAUGGCCCAAAAGCCUCAGUUUUAAUUUCAGACGACAUAUCUCAAAAAAUAAAGGUUGUUGUCCCCUGAGUGCAUCUGCAAAGUGUAACCUGGGUUUUAUGUUCGUUUUGGAGUAAUGGCUUCUUCCUGUCAGUACAGGACUCCCAGACACAGAACUCAUCUCCUUCCUGAUAGGUAUAAUAGAUGGAUAUCUUUAUGGUCCUUUUAUUUGCAUAUAAUUGUUUGAACAGAUGAACGUGGCACCUUCAGGCCUCUGGAAAUUGUACCUGAGGUUGACGAUUAUUGAGAUUUGUGGAGGUCCAUAAUUAUCUUCCUAAUAUUUUAACUGAUUUCCUUUGAUUUUCCAUGAGGAGGCAGCUGUUGGACAGGUCUGUUUCUAUUUAACUCAAAUGUUGUGAACAAACAGAUAAGAAGUGUUAGUGUAGGUAAAUGUCUGUCUUUAAAAUAAAUUAAUAAAAAAAAUCUAUUUCAUUAUUCUGGCAUUUAGCAAAUAGGAAUUAUUUUGGUUAUCCUAAUUGAACUAAAGCAGGAAAAUGUUGGAAAAAAAAUUGUUGUGUGUCCUUGUAUACACUCUGCUUAGAUGUUUUGUUUUAACAAUCAGCUGAGAUAACUCAAACAUGAAAUCGCAGCAUCAAGGACUUUUAUUCUUAUCAAGUCACCAACAUGAACCAUUUUAACUUUAAUUCUUCAAGCUAAAGCAUUGAAAUCAGUUUUUUAAGCUAAAUUAUUUAAGAUAAGCUGAUAAAUUGCUGACAGUGAAACAUUUGUUGACAUUUGUUUGGAUGUCCAGCUUUAUGUCUCUAGCUCUGCAUUGACACAGGAUCUAUUAACAGCCCGACUGCUUUACUGUCAAUGCACUCUCAAUAAUAAUAAUAAUAAUAAUAAUAAUGCAAACACAGCCACAAAAAAGCAGCACCUGCUCUCUGACUGCCUUUCACUGACCCCACCAACAGAUACAAAUGCGGAAGGAACUUUGAUGGAAGAUCAAAUUUAAACCAUUGCCAGAUUUUCAGAUGAAGGAGAAGGAUAGAGAGGGGUUGGGAUGUAGAAGGGAAAUUUAGAAAGAGCACUUUAGUGUUGAAACCUGUUCCUGUUUUCUUUUGGUUGUACUCUGCUGAUUUUCCUUCUUGUGUUACUGUGUACCGAUGAUAAUCCAGGCACUCUGGUGUGUAUUUUCUUUCAUUUCUUUAGAAUUGUAUUUGUUUUUUACUUUUUUAAAUUCAGUUUUUGAAAGAGCAGUAAAGCUACCAUUCAUUCUUUCUAGAAAAUCUUUCCUUUAAAAAUCUCCUCAGAUGUGAUACUGAAAACACUCUUAUGUAUAGACAAAACCGAGUGCAAAACGCUGUUUCAUUUAUUGGUCUGUCGUGUGUUUUUCUACGCGGAUGAAUAAAGACUUGUGAGAGGAAAA